AUGGACCCGAGGCCUGACCGUGCUCUUGUCGACACUUACUGUGAAUUUUAUAGUCGGGCUCGGUAUGACCCCGGAGCUUACACCGACGCCGACUAUCUUCAUUUCCUUGAGAUCCACGACCAGCUCUUAAAAGCUGUUGUGGUUAAGGCCCCGCUCCGUACUGCUGAUUCGCCAAACAAGUCGACUAAGACGCCACAUAAACGCCGAAAAGUGCCUUCAGCUUCGACAGCAGUGCAGUCAACUCAAUCGGAACUAAUUGAAAUGAGAGCCACGACCUCGGGAACAAAUGCUAUUAAUGACACCAACUCCUCUUGCGGUGCGGUUGGUCUUCUUCGUACUCCACUCAGUCGAAGCGGCAGUGCCGCUAGCGACGACUCUCAGACGGCCCUCAUCCGCCUUGACGACGGUCGGAACACCUCAGUUCACCUACGCCCCUGA